AUGACUAGAUGCACACACGAGGCUCUCUCAACCGUGUUGAAGCAAAGCCCCGGAUUAGCCCGACUCUCGUCAGCGUACGUCCGCACUAAUUUCGAGACGAUUAAUGCGUGGUUUGUGGUUGAUUGUUGGGGCAAGGGUGGAUAUCAGCGGGUGGUGAAAUUUCGAGGACCCUUGGAGCUGAAUAUGGUGGCUCGAAUUGGACUGCUAUUCUCGCUGGCAAAUUGUGCUGGUGGUGCUCUUUAUAUAGUGGGAUUCGCUGAAACAGUUAAGCAACUUCUGAUCGAAGCAGGGAUCACGAUUUUGGAUGGCGAUGAAUGGGAUAUCCGCCUAGUGUCUGUCGUGACGUGCAUUAUUCUGAUGGCUGUGAUCGUUGUGUCACCUACGCUUGAAAGUAAACUACAGCAGAUUCUGCUCAUACCACUGAUCGUGUCUGUCCUGAGUUUCAUAAUCGGAUCAUUUAUUUCCACCAGGAACAAGGUCAUUCAUGGGUACACUGGAUAUAAGUGGAGAACAUUAGAAGCUAAUAUGUUGCCCGACUUCCGGAGUGAACACACGUUUUUCACGGUGUUCUCCGUGUACUUCCCGGCCGCUACCGGUAUCAUGGCUGGAGCAAAUAUCAGUGGACACCUCAAGAACCCCCAGGCAGCGAUACCAAGAGGAACAUUGGCUGCGAUUGCCGUGUCUACGGUAGUCUACACAGCUUUCGCUCUGGUAGCCGGUGCCACAUAUGCUCGAGAUGCUGACGGUGUCAACGAGGUGGACCACGACAAUCCACCAGACUGCUACCUGAAUGCGUCGUGUCCAUUUGGGCUCCACAACUACUAUCAGAUGGUAACAGUGACUAGCGUCUGGCCACCACUUAUCACGAUUGGUAUCGUGGCUUCUUCCUUAUGUUCAGCAAUGUCUUCUCUUGUCAGCGCACCGAGGGCGGUGUGCACGGAUAAACUGAUCCCUAAACUCGCUUUCUUCGCCAAAGGAUACGGUCCUGGGAAUGAUCCACGAAGAGCGUACGCGCUUGCAUUUCUCAUUACCGUCUUUGUUGUGAUGAUCGGAAAUUUGAACGUCAUAGCUCCUUUCAUUUCGAAUUUCUUCCUGUGCGCUUAUGCUCUGGUGAACUACGCCUGUUUCACUGCCUGCUUAUCGCAAACUCCA